GGGAAAAAAAGCAAAGAAAGAAAGGGAGAAAGAAAGAGAGAAAGAAAGAAAGGGGAAAGAAAGAAACAAACAAAAGGGGAAAGUUGGCCUUUUUCCUCCUUGGGUGUCUGAAGGCAAGAUGGGUCACCAGCAGCUCUACUGGAGUCACCCGUGGAAGUUUGGCCAGGGUUCUUGCUCUCGCCACGUCUGCUCUAACUGCCACGGUCUGAUCCGUAAAUAUGGACUGAACGUGUGCGGACAGUGCUUCCGUCAGUACGUGAAGGACAUGGGCUUCAUUAAGUUGGAGUAAGCGACCUGAAUGGAUGCUUCAACUGUCUACCCAGUGAAACCAGUUGUCUACCCUGUGAUACCAAUCAUGCUAGUCUUUGUGUACACAGAAUAAAAAAAAACUGAAGGCCAAAAAAAAAAAAAAAAAUGGGCAAGUUGGUGCUGGAGAGAUGGUUCAGUGGUUGGGAGCACUUACUGUUCUAGGAAACCCCGAGUUCAAUUCCCUACACUCACAACCAUCUAUUAACUCCAGUUCCAGGGACUCUGGCACCAUCUUCUGGUUUCCAUGGGCACUGACUGAACACAUGUGGUACAUACAUACAUGCCAGCAAAAUCCGCAAACACAAAAUAAAUUACAAAAUAAAAAUGUUUGGGGGCUGGGGAUUUAGCUCAGUGGUAGAGCGCUUGCCUAGCAAGCGCAAGGCCCUGGGUUCGGUCCCCAGCUCCGAAAAAAAAAAUGUUUGGACCCUGCUAAGCCAAAGCAAAGUUAUGCAGUUCUUCCACACAGGUUAUGUUGUCAAGACGCCAACCUGCAGAGCAGAGUAUCUACAGAAACAGGAAACAGCAAAGACCACGUGGCCAGAGAGAGGGUGGCCAGUCCCCAGGGCUGUGACUCGUUUCUUUUCUUUCUUUCUUUUUUUUUUUUUUAAAUGAGACAGGGUCUCACUCUGUAGCUCUGGCUAUAUUGAAACUUAUAGACCAGGCUGACCUUGAACUUAGAGAUCUGCCUGCCUCUGCCUCCUGUGUGCUGGGAUCAAAGGGUGUGUGCCACCACGCCCAGCUGUGAUUAAUAUUUUUAAAGACAACUUGAAUUAUUUUUCUUUCUUUUCCCCACCCUUUAAGAAUUGCAAGAGCCUUGGGCAGGCUGGAACCAGGAAACCACUGUGACCGAGGCAAACAUUUGGGGCACAGUGAAAUGGCAGAAGCAGGUGGCCUACAGGAGGGGCAAGUGAUGCCAAAGUCACCGAGGAAGUCAUUCCCCAGAGUUCCUGUGCCUGUCCGGUUUCUGCCGGCUGUCCUUAGUGGGACGUAGACAGGUGAGAUACCCUGUGUCUUAAGAGCAGGGCCUCUGUCAUGUGUAGUCUUUUGAAGGGACCAUAGAGCAAAGCUGCCUCAGACCAUGUUUGAAUCAGUUGUAAAACCAGGAGGACAUUAGAAAUUAGUUUCACCAACCUCCCUGGGGUGGUUUGAAUAAGAAUGGGCUCCACAGGCUCAUAUAUUUGAAUGUUUGGUCACCAGAGAGUGAAAAUGAUUAGGAGGUGUGGCCUCGUCGGGGGAAGUCUGGGUGAAUUGGAGGUUUGAAAAGCUCGCGCUAGGACAGUUCUUUCCCUCUCUCACGUGGCCUGCAGAUCAGACUGUAGCUCUCCGCUGCUGCUCCAGCCAGAUGGGUGCUGUCCUGCUCCCACUAUAACGGAUGUUUCUAAAACCAAAAGCAAGCCCCCAACCAAGAGCUUUCUUUCAUAAGAGUUGCCUUGGUUAUGGUGUCUCCUCCCAGCAAUAGAACCGUGACUAAGACACUCCUCCAUAGCACAAAGGUAACCUUUCACCAGCCUCCACCCAACCACUCCCUCAAACCAGAGCCUCUCCAUCUUCUGUGACUGGCAACGGUGACACCUUAACCACUUGGUACAGAUGAAAGCCUGCUUGAAGCGUGUGAGACAUCAACUGUAAUUUCUUGGCUUCUUUUCUGGUGUACCAAGGUACACAUGUGCUUUCUCUCAGGAGGGUUCAACUGAAAACAACGGAAAGGACCAUCCGCACCAUUAUUUAAGCUGAUCCUGUGGGCAGGGAACAUAGACCGGUGGCAGAAUGCUCUUAGCCAUAUGUGAAGCCCUGGAUUCAGUUCAGAGUGCUCCCGCCUGUAGUCUGGUGGCAUUCACCUCUGGCCACCGAGGAGGCUGAAGAACACGUUUGGCAUGAGCCUGGGAGUUUAGGGUUGCCGGAGAUAAGACUCGAACAGCAAACAGAACUCUCCUGGUUUUCUUUGCUGUCUGUGCCCAAUGGGUUACCCGGCAUCCAUUUGUAACACAAGUGCGUGCGACUUGAACUCACACGUGGGAGUGUUUCAUUUCAACUUAUUAAGCUUGCAAGUCAAGGCUUGCUCGGCUUUCCGACGGAUCUGUGUAGGUGGGUAACAGAGUGUGAUCUCAGAGCUGGCUGUUUGAUGCUGUUAAGAUUCCACUGCCAACGCUGUCUGAGAAUACUGAAGCUUUCCCCGUGAACAGGGUAGAAAGCCUACUUAGUAAUGACUCCCUCCUCAGCCACACUGGAACAGAAGAGACCUCUGCAGCCUCUGUGUGUGAACAGCAAUCACACUUUCCUAUGAUGGCGAAGUCUUUGCUGGCUACACCAACGGCAGGCACCAAGGAUGAAAUCAAUCAGUCCCACCCUGCUGGGUCCCACAGGCCAGAAACAGGAGUGGAGACAUUGUGGGCUGGAGUGCAAACCUUGUCCUUUCAGCUCCACAGACAUUAUUGCCCAGGCUAGCCCCAUAUCUCCACCCUUUUGUGAGACAGGAUCUCAUUAUGUAGCUCUGGUUAGCCUGAAACUUGCUAGGUCUACCAGGCCACCUCCCCCCUCCUUUUGACUCCCGGGUACUGUGAUUAAAGGCACGUCAGUCAUCAUGGCCGGCAAGCCACUGCUUUACUAUCUACUGCUCAGAAACUAGCGCCUUUCCCACACUCCAGUGGCUCUGUUUACUUGGGAUCAGUUUUCUCACACACUUGGCAAAUCAAGGCAGAGCAGGUUUCUCCUGCCACUGAUCAAUGCUUCACUCCAGGUUUCGUGGCUGUUCUCCCAUCGGGCUGUGAUUGUGCCCAGGCAUGCUCUUCCCUUUGAAAGGCUGUUGUUUAUCAACAUUAAUCCUAGGAAAAUAUACAAGGCAACAGGCAACCAGUUCCCAGCGGGGACACUGUAGACUCAAUUGGCAGGCUCCUGGCUUGUGGGAGGUCAGGACACGUGUAGGAAACUGUAACAUCCAGGGAACAGGCCUAUCCUCUUUACCCACCCCUAGUCCUCUGGAGGGCGUUGUUGCUCGAUGGCAGGAUUUAAGGUAUCGGCUAACUGUAGAGCCCAGGUGGGGAGAAAUGGAACCCCACGUGUUUCUUGGAAUAGCCUUAAGCUAUUAACUUAAGCUGUUAACUGUUAGAGGUACUCUCUCCUUUUGGGCUUGGUAACACAUGCAUGUACACACAAGGAAUAUAGUUUCAAUGUGUAGACUUGGUGAACCAUCCUAUCCUGCCCGGUGUUCCUGCCUUACAAUGUUACAUGUAGCACUGUAAGUCAGGUAUGUUUCCUUGUGUUUAUAAACAUCCAUGCUCAUACAGAACUAGCUGGUUUUAUUUUUAUUACUGUAACCAGCAUCUUACAAAAAACCAUUUAAAAGUUUAUCCUGUCCACAUUGUGCAGAACUUCAAUCACCCACAAUUAACAUGUUUCCUUUUCAUAUUACUUAUUUGAUGGGUCUGGGUGUUUUGCCUCUUUGCCUGCAUGUGUGUCUGGUGAUCAGAAGGCACUGCGUCAGAUCCUCUGGAGUUAAGGAUGGUUAUGAAUCACUGUAGGUGUUUGGGUCCAACUGUAGGUGUUGGGACCUCUGUAAGGACAAGUGCUCUUAACCCUUAAUGUUCUGAGGCAUUUUUCUGCUUAGGCACAUGAAAUUGUGUCAGUUAACAACACACCACAUUUUUUUUAAAAGAAUUUUUUAAUUAUUUUAAGUAUGUGAUCACACUGCAUCUGUCUUCAGACACAGAAGAGGGCAUCAGAUCUCAUUAGAGAUGGUUGUGAGCCACCAUGUGGUUGCUGGGAAUUGAACUCAGGACCACAUUGUUAAACUGCUUUGGACAUUCCAUUACACAGACUAGUUAUUUAACUGUCCCCAUUAACGGGUAUUGCUUCCAGUCAGUUUAUCCCGGGCUGGCGGCACAGGCCUAUAACCCUGGCUACUCAGGAAGCUGAGGUAGGAGAAUUCAGGCCUGUCUGGGUACAGGGUGCUCUAUGGAAAGCAUGGUUAGUGUACACAGACCUGAGGCUAACUCCUCAGUCGUUUUCUGUUUCUCUCACAUAGCAAUUAAAUAAAGUAGGCUGAAAACGUGUUCCUCCCUCCCUUUAAGUGAUCCGUUGGCAGGGUCUUGGUAGAUGGCUUAAGCUGGAAGUGCGGUCCUCUUGCUUCAGUUUACCCUUGUGCUGGGACACGUCACCAUACAUGACAGGACUUCUUUUAAACAGAAGAUCAAAAUUUCAUACACAUCACAAAAUCAUGAAAGCAAUCAGCAUUUUCAUUACCCAAAGUUCCCAUGUCUUUGUGGUAGCCCCAGAAUGUCUCCCAUGCAAACAGGGGCCUGCUUUCUCCUUCGGUUCUCCUCUUGCAGAGGCCAGGUGGAAAGUGCACAGUAGGAGGCCACAUCAAAUGGCCCAGGGAUGAUCCAACUGCAUUAGCUCCUUGUCUUCGCUGUGGAAGAGCCGACCAUGUGACCAUCUGGCAGUAUGUUUAGUGUCUGGCACACACCUAAGCGCUUUCCCUCCUCUAAUCCCACUUCCACCUCACCCCCGACCCACACAGGAUUUCUCUGUGUAGCCCUGGCUGUCUUGGAACUGACUCUGUAGAACAGGCUGUCCUGGAAUUUCAUAGAUCUGCCUGCCUCUGCUUCCCAAGUGUUGGGAUUGAAGGUGUGUACUACCAUGCUUGGAAACCCCCCCUCUUUUAAAAAAUUUAUCUAUGUAUGUAAGUACACUGUCACUGUCUUCAGACACACCAGAAGAGGGCAUCAGAUCCCAUCACAGAUGGUUGUGAGCCACCUUGUGUUUGCUGGGAUUUGAACUCAGGACCUCUGGAAGAGCAGUCAGUGCUCUUAACCACUGAGUCAUCUCUCCAGCCCGUCCCUUCUUAAACAUGUAUCUAACUCUUCCAGUAGGGGGACUGCUGGGUUGCAUGUCUAAGUCUGUAAGAAGACUCUAAAAUGUUGUUCAAGCCCUGCAUCAUUCAGGAUCGUGUGUGUGAGUUCUGGUUACUCUCCUUGCUCACUAGCCCCAGAGAGUCAGCUUUCCACAGAAGUUGUCUAUCCUAGCAGGCAUGGGCCAUGUUUCUCCAUGAAACAUGUUCUGUUUCUCCAGUGACCACCGAUUGUUGGGACAGCUCUUCAUGAGCUACUGAUCCAACCCGUCAAGAAACGCAUGUUUGUAUUACUGCGCACUUAAAACCAUACAGUUUGUUAUUGGUUCUGAGAGAUCUCGUUAGUUUUGAUAGAAAUCUUUUAUAUGAAGAACAUAUUGGGAACAUGUUUGUGCCACAGUGAAGUUUCUUUGGAGGUCCUCAUCUGAGCUGAGUGAGUGCCCACUAAUGUCCCAGCUGUGUCCUGGGCAUGGCACCCCUGUCAUCUAGAGGAUGUCUAGUUAGUAGCAGACCAUCAAAGGAUCCACAUGGUAGCCUGCUGCUGUCCCAUCAAACCCACCAUUCUUUUCUCUUUCCAUCCAGUUAACAAAGGCUCCUUAGGUUACACCCAGCAAUGCUGGUGGAAGGGCUCUGCUCAUCCCUUUCCUCUGCUGUGACCCUGACUCUGUGUUCCCUCCCCAGGGCUGGGUUGUCUCUGGGAAGUCCAGCUAUUCCAGGAUAUUUAUGGGAAGUCAAGUCAGGCUUUGGAAUAAUUCUCACUGACUGGAUGAGUAGCAAGGUAGCUAACAGGCUGUGUGGCUGACACAGAGAAACCAAAAGGGUAACCCAGAGGUAAGCCCAUCAAGAGUCCAGUGUAAUGUCCAACUGGAUGUUCUAUUAAUGAGAUCGUGACGCUACUAGAAUCUAUAAAGCAAACUCUGACAGAGGCAGCACCCUUAUGUUUCAGGGAAGCAUCUCAGAACAGAACGGCAAGCUCUGCAGGAAGGUACAUGCUGUAUAAUUUACCAAGCACGUGGCAGGUACCCAGCACGCUCAGUUCUGCAGUUCUUUUCACACUGUCCCGUGGGUUCUGGACACUAGGCUUCCAGUUAUCAAGAAUUGGAGGGGGACGAAAGUUGGAAUGGAUGUGUUCAAUGAAUAAAUGUAUGAAACCGUCAAACAAUAGAUUUUAAAAAGAUUUUAAAAAGGAGACAAGGGGCAGACACAUUUGGCUCUGACACCAGAAUGAGGCAGGUAAGGCAGCCGAGGGUGGGUGGUGACUAGGACUGCCUUCCUUAGGCAGACCUGUAGUUUACAGGGGGCGGACAGAGACAGCAUCUUUCUCAGAACAGCAGCACUCAACCUCGGAAUUCUGAUGACAUGCUACCAAGAGCAAAUAAUGUGGCAAGACCCUUCUCUUAGUGAAAAGUUUUUUCCUUGCUUUAACUACACAGCAUUUGCUUAUAUUUUUGGCAUCUGAACCGCUUGGCUGCAGGCAUCCGGACGCAGAGGAUGAAAUGUGUGUCUUCUUUUUGUACUUGCUUUGUUGGGGCAUCUGCUUCACAUUCUUUACCACAUGACAUUCAUCGUCCUGAGGAAACUCAUCCAUACACGUGCUGCUUCCAUCCGCUCAGCUGAGGACAGCGCGGAGAGCGUUUGAGGCUCUAGGGAACAGCACCUGCCUUUGCCAUCUCAGUGCACCACCUAACAGCCCCGAUUCAGUUGGCAAUAGAAUCUGAUAGCAAAGGGUCAGCCUUGCCUAGACAGUGGGAAGUAAAAAUCCCAGGCCAAAGCCAGUCUCCAGGGAGCUUAUAUCUGGUUAGAGAUGCAUCUUGAAGUUGGAAAGGUACUUAAUUAUCAAUUGUUAUUUUAAGAGAUUUUAAAAAAAAAUUAGUUUCAUUCAUGUGUCUGUGUGAAUGUAUGGACACGUAUGUGUGGAAACCUGUGGAGACCUAAGAAGGCAAGGAUCCCUUGACGCUGGAGUAUAGACAGCUGAGAAAGAAACUGACUUGGCUGCUGGGAACCAAAUUCAUAUCUUUUGCAGGAGCAGUGUGUGCCCGUAACCACGAGCCAGCUCUCCAGAUGGGACAGUAACUGUCUCGAGUUUUGACUGUUUCUCUUUCCAGUACCACAAGGGUUAGGCACCAGUGAUAAAAGCUGCCACUUAGUACAAAGGGAACAGAUCUCUUUAUUUACGUAUGUUUGAAGGUAAAAUAUUACCUCUGUAGGGAGGGACAAGUUCCCUCUUCAGUUUCAGAAAAAGGAACUUCAACUCUGUUCCUUUAAUAGUUUCCCUCCCCCCACUUUCUCCAUUCUUACCUUAGUUCCUCAGAGAUACAAUUUCAUUUAGGAAAUGUCCCAUUUACACUUGCAAAGCUAACCAGUGGGAACAGAGGCAGUUGUAACCCCAGACCCUACCCAUACUGUAAUGUUUUCCUUUUAUGGGAGAGGGUCUUGCUGUGUAUUCCAGACUGGUCUCAAAGUCACUCACCCUUUGCCUGCCUCAGUCUCCUGAGUGUCAGACACAUGUAUGUGUUGUCAGCAUGCCUGCUGAAUGCUAUGGCUUAACACAAGUCUAGUCUAUAAAUAAUAUCUUUCUCUUCAAAAAACACUUAGAAACCUUUUGGAGUCCCAGCUUUAACAGUUUACUGAGGAAUGGCAGACAGACUCAGUUGUCUUUGUCCUGUCAGGGUGGGCAGGCAGUCAGCGUGUGGUGGCAGAGAUCUGCCUGUAACUGUUGCACACGCUUCUCUCAGUCGCUCUUCUCCUCUGUUUGGUAAUGCCUGUACUCUGGCUUCAGCUCCCACGUAUUCUUGUGAAUUCCUUUUACAUUCUGAAUGCCGAUUUCUUUCAAGAUUUCUUUCAGGUAUCCCUAAAAACCAAAACCAAAAUUAUAAAAACCCUCCACAGAUGAGAUUAUCAAGGCAGGAAAUAAUACUGACAGUGACAUACACUAAAUACUCAGCAGUAACAAAAACUAGCACCCUUGAAACCCAAGUGGGGUUUCUAUGAAAAGGUUCAACAGUUUUUCUGAUUCUACAAUGUGUACUUCACUAAAUAUACAAGCAUGUGCAUCAAAGGCCUGGAAGUCCCGAAUAGAGAGGAAUCUAGCGGAAAAUAUACAGUAAUGGCUGCUCAAUGUUUACUGAAUUCAAUAGAGGGCAGUCUGAUUUGAUUUCAGUGACUUAACAGACUCAGUCCACAGACUGAGUUAAUCAGCAGUUUAAUGAGCAUCCACACAAAUGACACACACUGUAGGGACGGGAAAUAAUAGUUAAGAAGCAAGCAUAUGAUAAGCAUCUAGAAUUCCUACUUCUAUAAGAUGUGUUUUUCUUUAAAGACAGGCCUCAACUGCCCUGUUUUCUUUUCAAAAGAUUUAUUUAUUAUAUAGAAGUAUAUUGUAGCUGUCUCCAAACACACCAGGAGAGAACAUCGGGUCCCAUUACAGAUGGUUGUGAGCCACCAUGUGGUUGCUGGGAUUUGAACCCAGGACCUCUGGAAGAGCAGUCAGUGCUCUUAACCGCUGAGCCAUCUCUCCAGCCUGACUGUCCUGUUUUCUGAGUGCUGGGAAUAAAAUUAUGAGCCACACCCCAUCUGACCUAAGAUGGGUCUUCAAACACAAGUUUCCUGUGGAAAAAGGAAAGGUACUACCUUUGUGUUGCCUGGGCCUGCUAAAGCAGGGAGAAGACCAAGAACUAUGAGGGUGCAGGCUCCUCGUGUUUGGCUCACAUUAUUCUGUGUCCCCAGAACCUGCUUACAAAUGAUUACUGGAGUCCUGGAAAUUAGGACUAUGCUGACUGUACUACAAAACCCACGGAAGCACCCACUAUAAACUUACUAAUACAAAUGACAGUGACCUCAGAAGAGAAAGGAAAGCUAGUUAUUCACAAGUGUGUUCUGCCAUAAAAAACCCAACCAACCUAACUUCUGAAUAUAUGCUUCAAAGACAGUCACAAGAUUAAGAUGACUCCUCUCACUGCAGGAGGAUAUGUCAUUCACUGAAAGGAGAGGCACUAAUGGUCGAGGAGCUCCUGCCUAGAUAAUAUUUGCACUGAAUGCACUAUCACCCAAACCACAUUAUGUAUGUAUCUUCAGCAAACUCCUGUGUGUGCAUGAAGGCAUGCAUGGGUAUACAGACAGGAUUGUACUCUGUAGCCAUGGCUGGCCAAGAACUUUCUUAGGUAAACCAACUAGCUUCAAACUCAGAAAUUUACUUGCCUCUGCUUUCAGAGUACUGGGAUUAAAGGUGUUUGCCACUAUGACCCCUUCCUUUAUAAAUAGGGUCUGACAAUACAGCCUAGGCUGGUCUGCAACUCUCAAUGUAGACCAGGCUUGCCCUAAACUAGUGGAGAUCUCCCUGGCUCUGCCUCCAAGUGCCACCAGACCCAAACCUGUCCUUGUUUUUUUUUUUUUUUUUUUUUUUUUGAGUCAUGGUCUCAUUAAGCUGUCCAGACUGAGCUCAAAUCUGUGUUCUUCCUUUCUCCAUCCAAGGCCCUAGCAGAUUCUGAAGAUCCAAGACCUCUGCUUUGAGGCUGUUACAGCUCUCUAAUAUUCCAGGAUUUCUGAGCCCUUGAUAUCCUUUGUUCUCUGAACCUCGACACAACAGGACACCACAUGUUACCAAAUAGUCAAUUCCCUACCUAUGCUGAUUUGAAAUAAUGCAGCACAAUCCAUUAACCCAUAGAUAGGCUGCCAUCUAGAAGCUUGUUUCUUUUUGAGACAAGGUCUCACUAUGUAGCUUUGGCUGUCCUGAAACCUGGAACUCACAGAUAUCAGCCUGCCUCUGCCUCCACCUCCCAAGUCCUGGGGUUAAAGGCACGCACCACUCUCACCAGGCUUGUCUUCUAGAAACUUAACAGCUGAGAAACUAGAUUCAGUGAGGUCCUGGGACUGCUUAUCUACUGGACAGCCUUCUGGCAAACAGGCCCCAGCAGGUGGCAGCAACCAACUGAGGCCUGGGUUGCCCAGGCGGCUUGCCUGUCUCCCACACCUUCUAUAGUUGGCUUUGCUGAAGGCAUGAGUGUGAAUGAGUAAGCACAAAGGCUCGGGCAGGCAGGUAAUGUGCACGGCUGCCAUCUGCCACUUCAAAUUACACUUGAAAAUGGGACACUGCUCAUAAACUACUUCUAAUUAAACUGGACUCAUAAAUGGAAAAUGAUGGGUUAGGCACAAAUGACUCGCAGAUUAGGUGCCAAGAAUGACAUCUUUGUAAAAUUCCAAAGAAUGGGUCAUUGUGAGGCUGUUCGGAUCUUGUUGCACAAACAAUCACACAGCAGUGGCCCGAACACAAACAGCAAUCAGCAGGAGCGUUUCUGAGCCCAGAGAGAAGCAGCUCCUAACUUCAAGUUGUGUGCUUAUCUAUAAUCUUGGUCAGAAAAUGGAAAGCCAGCAAAGUGUUCAACAUGAAACAGUAAGAAAGUCUUCACUGGGAUGGAGAGAUGGUUUAGCCGUGAGAGGCUAGGCUCACAACAGAAGGACAAAGUCCUCACUCUACAGACUGGUUGUUCCCAUGCACGCCCCUUUCUUUCGGUAAUGUAACACGAAGCACCACAGCAUGGACCAGCCACAACUCUGCAGGGUGCUGUCCUCAAAUUUCCUUCAUUUUUAGGAUGUUUCAAACCACAACUAAAGAUACUUUACUUCAACCAAACCAAACAGCUUAGCAAGGAGUGGGCACAGUGUUUAGAAAGGAAGACGCGGCAGCAACAGUGGAAAACAUGUCCAGAAAUUCCCAGUAGAGCUAAUACUUAUAAUACUUAUGCAACUCCAUGGCCAAAGAUGGGGUGGGGUGGGGGUGUGGGAAGGGUUAACUACACUUCCACAUCUUAGUCCAUCACUGCAGGAAGUCAGGACAGGAACUCAAACAAGGCAGGAAGCUAGAGGCAGAGCUGAUGCAGAAGCCAUGGAGGGGCUGCUGACGGUCUCCCUCUCCAUUUCUUGCUCAGCCUGCUUUCUUACAGAACUCAGGACUGGUUGGGGAUUUGGCUCAGUGGUAGAGCGCUUGCCUAGCAAGCGCAAGGCCCUGGGUUCGAUCCCCAGCUCCGGGGGGGGGGGGGGGGGGGAACUCAGGGCUACUUGUUCAGGGAUGGCUUCACCCACAAUGGGCUGGGCCCUCCCCCAUCAACCACUAAUUUAAAAAUGCCCUACAGCCAGAUCUUAUGGAGGCUUUCCCUAUUGAGGCUUCCUCCUUUCAGAUGACUCCAGCUUGUGUCAAGCUGACAUAAAGCUACCCAGCACAAUAGACAACAGUGAGCUGUUUCAAAGUUGUCCCUCCUGGCCUGCAAGUCUCAUCUCAAAUUCCUUUGGGCCAUCCACUCUGGCUUGCCCUUCCCCCACCUGCCAUUCUCUAUCUACUUGCUUCUGGGGUAUGCAUGCUAGGGGUCUCCUCCCUCAAAUGCUUGCCCUGCUCCUUGUAUCUGACCUUUUUAUUUUUAUCCUUUCUGUUUAGGUUUCAAUGUCACUUCUGCUGAACAGUUUUCUUCAGCAGUUAUUUCAACUUCCCAGAAUUGCAUUCACACUGCCCAGCAUUCCACGACAGCACCCCUCCCCCAACGUUUCUGCAAUAACCCAGUUCUGGCUUUCUGUGCUUAGACUGACUUCAGGGCCUUAUCUCUUCCCAUGUCUCUCAUCUUAAACUGUGUACUGCCAGCCUCCCUGUAGUCACCCACACCUGCCCUACUUGAUUGAGUAGGGAUGCUUGACGGCAGGCAGCAGAGACUGGGGAGGGCUAAGAAGGUCUGUGGAAGUGAGCUCCAGGAAAUCCAAUUCUUUUUACUUCUGGAACUUUUUAGAGUUUUCCCUCUGGGAUAGGCAGUGACCAGUUUGAGGAACAAAGUGAGUGAACUUCAUUUUCUCAGUGUGAACCUGACAUUAUUAAUUAUGAAAUAUUGUGUUGUAGUUGUAUGCAACAAAGUAUAUCUGAUCAUAUAACACUGAGAUGAAAUAUUAAAGUUUUAUGAGGGCUGAAAAUUGUUAAUCUUUUUUUUUUUUUUUUUUUUUUUUGGUUCUUUUUUCCGGAGCUGGGGACCGAACCCAGGGCCUUGUGCUUCCUAGGUAAGCGCUCUACCACUGAGCUAAAUCCCCAGCCCCAAAAAUUGUUAAUCUUGUACCCCUUUGUUAUCCAUCCCAGUAUUUACUCCAGCACUGACUAUGUCUUCUUCAGUCUUCCUUGCAAAACAGCCCAGGCAGGCACAGUGAGAGCCACCUACAUAGCGUGUGGUGGGGGCACCGAGGGGCCCCUGCCCCUGCCCCUGCCCCACCUGUACAGGUGUUCUUUGAGGAUAGGCACCAGAUCAUGUCAGCUGACAGCAAUUCCGUGCAGAAAGAAGCACACUUAAAAACAAGCAUGUUUCCAAUUUGCUUCCUCACCUCAGUACCUGCAUUUCAGAGAGGACGCCAGGAACAGGUAGAGCUCUGUGUCACAUGGACUUGAGGUUUCUCAUGAGCGUGUGGGUCAUAAUGCUGCACAUCAUUCUAACACUGGUUCAGCCUCAGUGCUUCAUCAAAGGGAGGCAACCGAUGGCAGAGCAAAAUGCCACAGCGUCUGUUAAGGAUGCAGCUAAGUGCACCUGACCACAGGGGCCAGAGGAUCAGGACAGGCUUUGUAUUUGAGGCACAAGAUAGAAUUGUGGUGACUAAGGAGUUGGGAUCGGCCAAUGGAUUCCUGACCACCGAGGACAAGGUGCAAGCAGCCUGUGAUUUAGUUCCUCUGCUGACUACCACCCCAGCCCGCCCAAUGCAGUUUUAUUCUUCUCCAGCUCUGCCAACCCGAGAGGACUGAUGUGCAUUUCGUCAGACAUUUCAGUGAUAAGCAUUAUUUACAUAAUAAUAAAUCAACUGAACUUGAUUAAGAACAGCUCUGACAGGGAGACAUUAGCACUCCUAAUGCUUUCAGUUACUUAAUUAUAGACCCCACUUAGCAUCUAGUCACAAAGCUGGCCCUAAAAGCUUAAACCAAGUGUCCAAUAUGUGUGCCCCAGAUGGCACAUGGGAAUGUGUCUCUUAUUAUGGGGUACCACAAGAGAAAGGGUGUUACAGACAGAAUUUUCUGUGCAAGUAAGUUGACUCCUUCCAGAGCUGUGGAGAGAACAAAGGACUUACUAAUGAAGCAGUUAGUGACUCUGAGGCACAAGCUUGCUCAUUAAGAAACAAAGUACACAUUAGGAGUAAACAGUGAGAGAGGGCCAGAUGCUCCCACUAUUUCAGACAGAAUAAACUGUGAACAGGAGAGGGAAGGUGGUACUGGGGGCUUCUGUGCAGCAUGGGUCUGCGGUUUUCUGUUUUCCUCCUCACUGCUGUCCCCACCCCUAUUCCUGUGUCUUCUCUGCGUUCCCACUGCUUGUAUUUCUGCCUUUGAAAACUCUGACCAGCCGACAGAUGGGUAAGGAAAUGGUCAAAGAAUAAAGCCUUGCCUGACUCUACAUUUUAUUCAAACCCUGAAAAACCAGAUAAUUACUGCAUUAAUAUCUGUGUACUGAAACAGCCUCAUCUGUCUGGCAGUGACAAAAGCCCACAGGUCUGAAAGGUUCAGAUAAAGUUCACUUUCUUUUUAAUUUUGAAACAAUGCUUCAGUGAAUAGCCCUGGCUUGUUCUUGCUAGACUCAAGCACACCUCCUGCUUCUGCCUCCAGAAUGCUGGGAUUAGAAGUGGCUCCUUUAACUUUGGUUGAAGACAGUAUUGAAGACAAUACUGGAAUAGUUACUUGUAUAUGUAACAGCCUAAACUUGGGCUCUAAUGGCUUAAAUUUGGGAACAAAAACAAGAUUAUAUAUACUUGAAAUCCAUAACCCCUGGAAAACAGAUAGUCAAGUUUUUUUUUUUUUUAAGAUUUAUUUAUUUUUUUCUAUAUGAGUACACUGUAGCUGUCUGCAGACACACCAGAAGGCGGCAUUGGAUCCUAUUACACAUGGUUGUGAGCUACCACGUGGUUGCUGGGAUUUGAACUCAGGACCUCCGGAAGAGCAGUCAGUGCUCUUAACCACUGAGCCAUCUCUCCAGCCACUCAGUCAAGUCUUUUUUUUUUUUUUUUUUUUUUUUUUGGUUCUUUUUUUCGGAGCUGGGGACCGAACCCAGGGCCUUUUGCUUGCUAGGCAAGCGCUCUACCACUGAGCUAAAUCCCCAGCCCCAAGUCAAGUCUUAAUAAAAGAGAAAACAGCACUUAUUUUGAAAAAUAGUAGAGUAUGAAUUCUUACUCAGGACAAUGUGUCAAGGCAGAAAGCAGAUCCGAAGUUGCCUAGGAUUUGGGGGUGGGUGACUGCUAAUGGAUAGGGGACUUUGGGGAACGGGGUUUAUGUGACACUGCUCUGAAGGUAACUGUGGUGACACUUUGUGACUGUCAAUAUACUAAAGUGCCCUGAUCUGUACAGUUCCAUACGGAGGCCAUUCCGCAAACAAAGGCCUUAAAUUAGGAAGAAUGAUAUGAAAGGAAACUUCAUGUGCUGGCAAGCAUCUACACUCCCAGCACUCAGGAGGCUGAGGCAGGCAGGAAGCCAUGUGUGAGGCCAGUCUAAACUAUUCACUGAGUUCAAGGCUGGCCUGGUCUGGCCUACACAAUGAAAAAAGAGAGAAAAAUUAAUUUUCCAGCCCAGCAGUUUAAGUGUGUGGCUCUGCAUGUUAUCAAUAAUUAAAGUUACGGAGAGCUCCAUUCUAGGAACAAGGCUGCCUGGUGCUGCAGCAGACUUGCUCAGUCAGCUGAGGUGAGACUGGGAGGCCCGGAUGCAGAGCCCUGGCUGCUGCUUCUCUUUGCUGCUAAUGCUUCUUGAACAGAGUCCAACAUAAACAAAACUCUUUCUUGAAGAAAACUGUUUCCAUAUGGACAGCAAGCCUGAAAACUCACCUUUCCAGCUUGUUUGGGAACUAAAACCAAAACCGAACAAACAAAAGAAAAAAACCAGCAGAGGGCAAUUUUAUUUUAUUCUUUAAAAGUGAGUGAAGAGGCAGCAGCAGCUCAGUAACAACACUGGCGGCUCUUCCAGAGGACCCAAGUUCAGUUCCCAAUACCUAUAUUAUGGUAGCUCACAACCAUAUGAAUGAAUGUCAGGUCCAAGGGAUUGGAUACCUUCUCUUCUGGUCUCUGUGCGAAUAGGCACACACACUUUACUCUGGGUUACCAGUUACAGGAAAAUUCCACUUACAUUUUUGCACAUAAAUAAUCCACAAUUUUGUUUCUUGGAAUCUGUGCUCAAUACUAACACCCAUGUAGCUACUUCUAUAUAAGCUUGAAUUGUUUGGGCAUGUUACUAAAUUUAUCUUAAAAUAUGACCUCAUUCACAAAUGAGGUAAGGAAAAACCCCACAGAAAACCAGAAACAACGAGAAGCUGGGCCUGCUGGCACAUGCCUAUGCAUCCUAACCUCAGGAAGGACAGACGAGGGCACAUCAAGGUCAAGGGCAGAAGAGCUACAGUUCCAGGUCUGGGCAGCCUAGUGUGACCCUGCCUCAAAAAGCCAAGUUAAAGCAGGGCCAGGAUAGAGCUGAGGGGCCAAGCCCCAGAAGCAGGUGCUCCAGGUCAGACCCAGCCUCAGCCAGCUCCUGACCAACCGGAGCUAUGGGAUCCUGCCUCAAACACCAUCUAGAUGCUGGCUUUUUAAGUCCACUGACCAGUACUCCAGCUGCUUCCAUUUUUAAUCAUAUAUUUCUCUUCCUUAAUAAACUAUAUUUCUACCACAAGUAAUAAUGAUGGUAAUAAAAUAAAAAGAAAUAAACCCAAAAUCUCUACUCAAAAAAAAUUUAGAAUUUUGUAAAUGUAUUUAAAACUUACCUACUUACAUUCAACAGUUAUUUAUCUUAGUGCAACAUUUCCUAUUUUAAAACUUUUAAUUACGACUCCUCUUCAUGAAUCAGAAAUAAUUAUUCUCAAAAAGGAGCAUUAUCGGGCUGGGGAUUUAGCUCAGUGGUAGAGCGCUUACCUUGGAAGCGCAAGGCCCUGGGUUCGGUCCCCAGCUCCAAAAAAAAGAACCAAAAAAAAAAAAAGGAGGAUUAUCAAUUAAUACAGUCUAUUGGAAAAUCUCGCAUCAUUGAUAUUAACUUCAAGAACUGAAGGAAUAGGAAUUGAAAACAAUUAAGAACAGAGACAAAGGAAUGAAAUGAGACAGAGAAGACAGAAUGUGCAUGGUAACACACAGCAGUUAUUAGACAGUGCAUUGGAAUCAGUGUUAACUAUUAGCAGACCCACGUUCCCUUUGGGACCAGGAGUUGAAGAAGCAAACAGCAAGCUUGUGCUCUACUUUCUGUACAGCUGAGCACAGCCAAUGACACACAUAAUCACUGACACUACAUAAGAGGCAGACAGGAAUCUCAUACUGAGAAAAAACCAAACCCACAUUUUCCCUCCUCACUGUCCACAGAUCUAUCUAUGUGCUGGAAUAAACAUCAGGACACAAUAAUGCGUUUCCUCUUCAGCUGAGGUUAGGACAACUGUGUCCAAGCCGCAGCACUGCCCUGGGCCUGUUGGGUAGAAAUCAGCUGUCUCUAUGCUAUCUUUAUUUUAAGAACCGAAGCGGGAGACCUACAGGCCAGGAUUUGUAGCCAGAUGACAGGGAUUUCCACCUGGCUUGAGCAACUUGGGUGCGACUGUCACUUACUACAGGCUUGUGAGGUACAGAAAUCAAGUUCUGCUCUGGAACUGUAGGGAUGGCUCAGUCAGUAACUGCUUGCCAAGCAAGCACGAUGUCCUAAGUGUGGUCCCUGGAACCCUUGUCACAAAGGGCAUGGAAGGGUGUGCUUGUAGUCACAGCACAGGAGAGGCAGAGACAGGUAGGGCUUGCUGGUCAGCUACCUAAGACUAAUUUGAAAGCUCAGGCCACUGAGAGACCAUGUGUCAAAGAACAACAAAGGGUAGCACCUGAGGAAUGAUAUCCAGUGGUUCCACAUGCAUAAACUGUAAAGUACAGCAGCUACCCCUUCCCUCUCCUGAGUUCUACUUUGACUACAUUAUACCUGAAAUCACUACUGAUUAGACAGUACGGGGAAGGAGACCAGCGGGUCUUGGGAGCCUAGAGCAUUUCCUAGCCUGAUCUGACUGGUCCAGAAAUAGACAGGCAACUCCUACUGAAUACAUUAGGACCCACCCUGGGGCUUUUACAGGAAUAACCAGGGUAGAUCUCUGAGCAGCUGUUAGCUGCCACAAGGCCAUUUUGGCUACCCUAAUAGGCAAGUCUCUGCUUAUAAAGGAACAACAACAACAACAACAACAACAACAACAACAACAACAACAACAAAGAUGAACAAAGUGGAAGGAACAGUUCUAUCUAGAAAAUACUAGUAACUAGUUCAAGCUAUCUCUAAAGCCAUGUUCUGGAACUUUACUGCAACGUGAGGCAAUGGAUCCUAUUUUUGUUGAUGCUAGUUUGUAUUUCUAUUCCUUGUAAUUGAAAAUCACCACCAGUUCACAGACUCCUUGUAGGAUAUGCUUGAAAACUUUUAGGUUUGUUGGGAAAGAUGCAGACUAUUUCAAGUUCUCUAGCUAUUUUAUCCUUGGAGAGACACUAUAUACUCUUGAUUACAAAUUUCACUUAAAUUAUAUUUACUCAAAUCCUUAAAGAAAGAUUGUUUCAUCUUCUGUCUAUGGGUAUUUGGUCUGUAUGUAUGCCCACCUGGUUACAGACACUGUGAACCAGCAUAUGGGUACUGAGAAUCAAACCUAGGACACCAAGAAGAGCACAAGUACUCUUAAUCACGGCCACCUCUCCAGCCCCAAAUCUAUUUAUUUUCACUGUAGGCCUAUCUUUGCUUGCAUCUAUGUAUGUACAUCACAUACAAGCCCGGUGCCCUUGGAAGCUAGAGGAGGGCACUGGAUCCCCUGGACCUAAAGUUGUGAGCUGCCAUGUGGGUGCUGAGACCUGAACCUGGGUUCUAUGGAAGAACAACCAGGGCUCUUAGCCACUGACCAUUUCUGCAGAUCUUUAUUUACUCAGAUCUUUACUUAGGCCUAUAUGGAAAUGAACCACGAGUCCUAGGCCAACCCCACCCAAAUGCUGAUACAGUGCUGUAACUGCUUUGUUUAUGGAGCACCAACUUUGCAAAGAAGCAAGUGUUUGUUGGGCAGGACUAUGUAAGUAUGGGCACAAAGUUGCACUGGCUUUUCCCGAGUCUCAAACCGCAUGCCAAUUAUCCAACUGUCUAUUAUGAAUUAAAAUGUGAUCCACGGGGGGGUGGGGUGGGGGCUGGUGGGAUGGCUCAGUGGUACAGGUGUCUGUAGCAAGCCUGAUGAUCUCAUUUUGAUUCACUGAACCUACAUGGUGGACAGAACUAAUUUCCCAGAUUAUCCUCAAACUUCUAAAUGUGCAUCCACACAGACAAAAUUAUAAAUAUACCCAGGAGGAUAAAGCUCAAGGAAAUGAGGCUCAGCUAUAAUCUAUGACAUUAACACAAAUAUCCAUUGGUAAAGGGGAGGCACCAGAAGCAGUGUGUCAGCUCUCAGGGUUCCCUCGGCAGUUUCAUGUUUCAAGGGUACUAUUUAACUUUUCGAUGGCUUGCAUUUUUAAAGGAAAUGUUAUGUGUGUUUCUAUACAUGGAGGAAUACUAGACAAAGCACAGCAAAUGCUAAACUUCACCAAGUCCUGGGGAGAAAUAACAGGUUUCCUCUGAUGUUUCAUAUUUUAUUUUUAUUAUCACUUUUAAAUUAUUAUUUUAUUACAUGUAGGUGAGUGGUCUGCCUGCCUGCCUGCCUGCCUGUCUGUGCAUAUCUGGUACCCAUGAGAGCCAGAUGAGAACACUGGAUCCCCAUGUUCUAGAUGGUUAUGUGAUGUCAUGUGGUAAUGGGAAUCAAACCUUGGUCCCCUGGAAGAACAGCUAGCACUCUAACCACGAAGCCAUCCCUACAACCCCCAAAUGUUUCACAUUUUAAAGAGAGUAAAAAAAAAGCUAAAAACUGAAUCACAUACAAACAUCCAGUUUAAGGGAUAUCAAAUUCCUGACUUUGUAUCAGGUUAUAAAGUUUGACCUUUUCAAAGUGGCUUAACUUUUGAGAAACUUCUACUGUUCUGGUUAUCUACGUAAGCUAUAUAUUAUGAUAUAUGUCAGAAAGAGCACCCUAGGGUAGUUUCCAUGAUAAGCAAAUUUGCUUGCAGAAAUGAAAGUUUUUAGCAAGAAAAUAGAACAGAAAAAAAGAGAAGACUACUAGAGGUGAGUAUGGUAGUAGCCCCAGAACUGCAGAGCUGUGAUAGAAGACUUGGAGUCUGAUGGCAAGUUAGGUAUGUAUAUAAGUGAGGCAGCAAGAUGGCAAGAAAGUGGGGUGGGGGGGUGUGUUUUAGUUUUUUUUUUUUUUUUUUUUUUUUUUUUUUUUUUUUUUUUUUUGCUCUGAGGAGACACCAUGACCAAGACAACUCUUAUAAAAGACAAUAUUUAAUUGGGGCUGGCUACCAGUUCAGAAGUUUAGUCCAUUAAUGUCACAGCAGGAAGCAUGGCAGAAUGAGGCAGACAUGGUGCUGAAAAAGGAGUUAAUAGUUGUACAUCUUGAUCUGCAGGCAGCAGCAGGAGACUGUGUGCUACACCAAGCCUGGCUUGAGCAUCUGAGACCUCAAAGCCUGCCCCACAGUGACACCCUUCCUUCAAAAAGGACACCUAAUAGUGCCACCUCCUAUGGACCAAGCACUUAUGUACCUGAGUCUAUGGGGGCCAUUCCAAUUCAGAGCAGCACGGGAUGGGAUGUGUAAGAGAUGGAGAGGGGCGGGAGAGAGGUAGGAGAGGAGAGAGGGUAAGGGGAGGUGUGUGAGUGUGAGAACAGUGGCACUGGAAAGGGUAGUGUGCAGAGUAAUGGCGUGGCAAUACUGUCAAGGAUUUGCUGUGGGUGAAGAAGCAGAGCUGGCACAAACCUGCCCUCAGAAGGCCAAGGGAGGAGACACAGGAACUUGAGGCUAGUCUGGGCAAAAGGGCAAGUGUCAGUAGGUACAUGACAAGACCUCCUCUCCAAAAAGGAUCUGGCUGCUGAGGUAGUGUGGCCUCUAAAUGACUCUCUCAUACAGCAGACUUCCUUUCCACAUCAGACAAGAAUUUGAUACAAGCUACCAUCUGUUCUCUGGAAAAUCUAUGUCUGCACACACUCAUUAAGUUAGAUCGCCUGAGGUCCACUCUAGAUCAUUAGUGAAGAAGAUCUAGUACAAAAACCUCACUAAGUACCACAACAUAAUAAUUAUCUGACCAGGGCUGGAGAGUUAGCUCAGUGUUUAAGAGCACUGGCUUCUCUUUCAUAGGACCUGGGUUCAAUUCCCAGCAUCCAAUAUUCUUUUCUGGCCUCCCCAGGCACAGACACACAUGCAGGCAAAACAUCCCCACACAAAGAGUGAAGUGAAGUAGCAGCAACAACAGUCUGAACUGAAUCAGUUUUUGGGGACAGACCACAUAUGUAUUAUAUACUCCACCCUGGCCUUGAUUUUGGGAUCUUUUUAUUGGAGCCCCUGAGUACCUAUCUACUCCAGAUAGACAUUUUAAUAAACCCCUUCCUUCAAUGUGAAGCAAAUAAGCCCAAUACCCUGUGUUAAGAACAAGGACUGAGGAACUUGCUUCCCUACCAUUACUAGAAUGCCCCCCUCUCUACUCUGCCUACUUCCCUGUCUAACUGUGUGUACAUUUCAUUCUGUAGGAAUACAUCAUCUGCGCUCAUUGUCUGGGAAAGUCUUUCCUGUAGGCAUAUUUACAUACAAAAUAACAAAAGGUAGACUUCAUUAUAACCAGAAGAAAUACAGCUUGUUAACAAAGUAUUCUUUAAAAAUAUUUUAAUCUAGCAUGGAUGCUGUUUCUCAGGCUGUACUGCCAAAGGGAAUUAAGUCAUUAGCUGAAUCGCGAAUACUGAAUCAUGGGCAUUUUAGCAAAAAUUAAAAAGACUGCAAAUUGCUUAACAGAUCUCAGAUUGAUGUUAAGAUAGUGAGUGCAAGGAGUCAAAUCUGAGUCCUCUAGAAGAGCAACUAGUCUCUCUCUUUUUUUUUUUUUUUUGGUCUUUUUUUCGGAGCUGGGGACCGAACCCAGGGCCUUGUGCUUCCUAGGCAAGCGCUCUACCACUGAGCUAACUCCCCAGCCCCGCAACUAGUCUCUUAACCACUGAACCACCUCUCCAGGCUCUAACAUUAUCAUGUGUGCAAACAUGCUCGCACACAUAAGUGCCUGGCUGUGUGUGUAGCAGUCAGAAGACAAUUUCCAGGAGUGGGUUUACUGCUUCCACAGAAAGCUCUGGGCAUCAUCAGCAUUUGAACCGAGUGCCUUUACAAAUUGAGCCAUUUUAAUAGCUCUUACAUGUAUUUUAAAUCUAAAGUAAUGAAGUGGAUGUUCGAAAGAUAAAGCUAUGUUAAGAUCUGUUUUCUGGGGCUUGGGGAUUUAGCUCAGUGGUAGAGCGCUUGCCUAGCAAGCACAAGGCCCUGGGUUCGGUCCCCAGCUCUGGGGGAAAAAAAAAAUCUGUUUUCUGAUUGUUGACAUAAACUCUGUCAUUAGCAGAGUGAAUGUGAACCUGAUCACGUUUCUCCUCACUAGUGAUAUGCUAAUAAAGUCUGGUAUACUUAAAGAUCACUAGAAAUGUAUACAUACCACAGGUUGCUUUGUGAUGUCCACCAAGUCCUUAAGAUUAUAGUACUGAUGUUUCUCAAAGGCUGAGAACAGCAUGUCUAGGACGUGUUGUUUGUCUGCCCGAGCUCGCUUUCCAUCUUCUUUCUUCUUCCUUUCAUAUUCAAUCUGUAGGCAAAAACAAAAGAAAGGUAUCAACUCAGCAUCUGGAAAGAAAUCAUUUGGAAAUAGUCUGAGUCACCUGAAACCUCACUUAAAGUCUCACACCAUCAGGCCUCUGGCAGGGACUCCCAUUACCUUUCAGGUUCAGGACAGUUGUAACAGAGGUCUGUAAACCACUUUCAGUCUCUUGUGAAGCUUUAUGUAACACAUUCAUUUCUCCCCAAGGAGGGUUUCUUCCUGGUUAGCCCAGAAGCUAACAUGCAGUUCCUUAGUUUUUGAUUAAUCAAGGUACAGUGAGAUAUGUUUAUGAAUUAAACUGCAUGCUCUAGGAGUUUAGGGCACAAGCUUGUUCCAGCGCAGGUUCAACUGGGAAGUCUGGGGAGCACUAGUGAAGAGCAGAGGAGCAAAGUCAGCCUCCUCCUCUCUCAGCCCAUGCUUUACCACUGUACAUAGAAGUAGGUUCCGCAACAAGAAAGGUAGAUACACUCAGCGCUGAUGCCAGUAAAUUAUUUUUUCUACAUUUUCAUUUUAUCUCACAUCAGGUGUCCUCGAAGUUUCCAUGUAUAAUAUUCUCUAAUUUUUACCAUAAAAGUACUUCUUAUUCAAAUAAAAUCAAGACAUCAUCUUCACACACAUCAGAAUGGGAAGCAACUCUCAGCUCUCACAAGCGAAGCUUCUUUUUGAGGCAGAUGGAGAACAUUACAAAAAGCUACAAAUGGCCAAAACUGGAGAACAACUGGCCUUGGGAUGCCUAUCACCAACAGAUAUAUUCACAACACAACCCAGGAACAUGGCAGAGGAGGGAGUGGAAAGACCAUGAAAAGCCACAGGAUCAGGACAUCUGACGUGAGACAGUAUCUUCUGUAUGUGACAGAGAAGCUGCACUCAUUAACUGCAGCACUAUAUAGAGUUGCCUAACCAAAACCUGAAUGACAGCCUACAUGCAGCUCGAAUGGGGAAUCUCCAAGUCCUGCCUCUACAUGAAGGGUCACAGCAACUGAGGACCGUGGAGACACAGAGUCACAUCCUCCUCAGGGAUGAGCCCCUAACCGGUUGGUUAUCCAAUACAAGUGGUCAGUGUUCUAUAUAAGAGCAACACUAGACGAACCCAGUAGCUGGGAUGUAUGUACACACACACACACACACACACACACACACACACAUUCGUUUGGUGCCAACCUGACCUUAAACCCAAGUUAUCUGAACUUAAGUUGAGAAGGAUGGGGCCAUCCCUGGGCUGGUGGUCCUGGGUUCCAUGACUUCUCCAUCAGCUCCUGCCUCUAGGAUCCUGCCCUGUUUGAGUUCCUGUCCUGACUUCCUUCAAUAAUGACAGUAAUACAGAAGUACAAACCAAAUAAACCCUUUCCUCCCCAAGUUGCUUUGAUCAUGGUGUUUCAUCACAGCAACAGUAGCCCUAAGACAACAUGUAGUAGUAGUAAUAAUAACAAUAACAACAACAAUCAACAGAAAAAAGGAAGCUAGAGAUAAUACACGGAAGUAGGAGCGCUGAAGGUAGAUGAAGGGGAGGAGGAGAGGGAGCAGGGUAUGUUAAAAGGGGCUUGAGAUGAUCAACAUGUACCAGACAUAUAUGAAACGUUGUCACGAAACCUAGUGUUUUGUACAAUUAACAAAUGUCAAUAAAAUUUGAAAAGUAGUUUGAUGCCAUUGUUAUCCUCCUGGUAUUAAUCACUUGUAGAAAAUGAUCUUUGCACUGAAAACCGGGAAGAUAGUUCAGUUGGCAAAUGCAGGAGAGCCUGAGUUCCACCCCCAGAAGCAGGUAAAAAGACAUACAGCGUAGGGAGUACUCGUAAUCCCAGGGUUGGGAGGGCAGAUACCUGAGCUUCUGAAGCGCUCCAUGCCAGUGAGAAACCUUGUCUCAAAGGAAGAAAAAGAAAAGGUAAAAAAGGCAGUUUAUGGUUCGGUGGCCUCCACAAAUAUGUGCUUGCACGUGUGUGUACACACACAUAAAAAAGGGAGAAAAUACACAGCUUCUAUUUAUGUACUUCAGUUGGUUAAGUUUAUUACUAUUAACUUUUGAUUGAAAGAGUGAUUUGCUGGAGGAGGGUCAGUCUCAAAGCUCCCUGGGAAAUGAAAGCCUUGGUGGCCUGGGAGAGGCCAGCAGAGAGCAAGGCCUGCACAUGGGGAUGGCUGUAGUGUGAGAACGGCUCUAGAACUGCACUCGAACUUCAGAGCUAACAAUGAACUACGCUGUGAACCCCAGACUGAGGAAGAGGCUUAUGUUCUCUGAACGUCCUAGGACAAGCUCACAAUGGAGACAAGAACCUCCAGCUGCAUGCCAGCGAUGAAACCUUUGUGGAGGAAAACUGCAGCCGGCCUCAAGAUUUUUCUCAGUGAGGCAAGGCCUAUAAUCCCAGGUACUUUAGGGCCAAGACAAGAUCAAAAGUUCAGGGCUGUGUGGGCUACAGAGUGAAUUUAAGGCCAGCCUGGGCAACUUGGCAAGACUAUCUCAAAUUAGAAAAUAACAAAAGGGCUGGGAAUAGAGGUAGAAUGCUUGGCUCGGUAGCAAAAAGAGAAAAGGAAAAAGAAAAAAAAAAAAGAAAAAAAAAAAGAAAAAAAAAAAAAGAAGAGCAUAGAGAAAAACACCUAUGUGCAGCUCUGAAGGACUUAGAAAGAUACGCGCUUUCUCUGGUUCGAAAGACAAACUAAGAGAAAGAACACACUGGGGAAAAAGAAAGUGCGGAGACCAGGAUCCAACCAAGAGUCUAAGCAUUACAGCGCAGCCUCACCCCAGCUUUAAUUUAUGCUGGAAGAAUAUGGGAGAAACUGAGCUCAGGAGCGGGGGAGACGCUGGAAGAUCUGUAGGAAAAGGACUUCAGAGUCCUGCCAGUAAAGCAAGAUGGCUCACAUUCUACUUGGACACGGUGGGAUAGAUAUCUCUGUCUCUCUCUGUCUCUCUGUCUCUCUGUCUCUGUCUCUCUGUCUCUCUGUCUCUCUCUCUCUCUGUGUGUGUGGGUGUGUGUGUGUGUGUGUGUGUGUGUGUGUGUGUGUGUGUGUGUGUGUGUGUGUUGAAUCAAUCAAGCCAGAAAGGUCUGACUCAAAGGUAAGAUUUUAGAAUAGAUAACAAAAAAGUUCAAAUCAACACUGAAGACUAAAGUCAAUUACAUGACAAAUUCCUGUUUGGCAUGUUCUCACCCCAAAUAUGCACUAGGCCUAUAAUCCUGAACCACCACACCCCGCUUUUCUUGUGUGUGUGUGUGUGUGUGUGUGUGUGUGUGUGUGUGUGUGUGUGUGUGUGUGUGUGUUUCUUUUUUUGGUUUUCUGAGACAGGUUUUCUUUUUGUAGCUCUGGCUGUCCUGGAAAAGUUACUCUGUAGACUAGGCUAGCCUUAAACUCAGAGAUCCACCAGAGAUCUGCCCCCGGAGUGUUAGGAUAAAGCUGGGUGCCAUCCUGCCCAGUGCGUUUUACCUUUUCCAGGGAAACGCACACAGGAUGGGGCAGCACACUCCUCACCCUCGGCAGACCGAGGUCAUCCCCAGCUACAGAAGAUCAAGUUACUGACAUGCUUAAAGCAAAACAAAACCCCCAAUCACCAAGCCAAAUCUGAAAACCUAGGUAUCUAAGCAGCAAUGAUGAAAAUGAAAAUACCAGUCCUCCUCAGAGAGCUUUUAGGUCUAGGACUCUAACCCUACAUGCAUUCUUCAAGGAUAACAGAAUCCUUACUGUUCCUGGGGUUCAAACUGUGGAUGACUUACAGAAAAAGGCUGUUUAACAGGUUCAUCAUCCAAAUCCUCGUCUGUGGCGUUCUCGGCCCAGCAGCUCGUCAGUGUUCAUGUCAUAGAAGAGACCUACUGCAUCGAGCACCCAGUGCUGCUGUUUCCCUCUCACGUGUACAGGGAGGUGUUGUGUAUGGGUGUCUGUCGGUGCAUCAUGUGUGGGCCUGGUGCUCAUGAAGGCCAGAGGAGGGACUGGAGUUACAGAGUUAUGAGCCACCACGGGGGUAUUGGAAAUCACACCCCAGUCCUGUGGCAGAGCAGCCAAUCUCCAGCCAUCUCUUUAGCCCCACUAAUAAUACCCAGCACUGAACUUAGGACAAAGCUAAGGCUUUGGAAUAGCUUUUUUAAAGCCACAAAGUAUCAAAACAGUGCCCUUAGUAUUUUACUCAAUUUAAAACUAUAAAUAGGCUCUGCAAACAGAUUGUUGAUACUGCCAACCGCUGUGCCUAGGAGAAGAUGGCUCUGAGGUGAGGCUGCUUCUUUCCCUUGAGCUUCUUACUGAUGAACUUGGGAAUGUAGAGCAAAGCUAUGGAGAGCAGCUGGACAGCCAGCGCAUCAGCAGCCAGGGUAAUAAAUAAAUCGCUGUGAUAGUCACUAGAACAGAAGCAAUUGUUAUGUCCUGAGAAUUUUACUUACUGAUCUUUUUUAUCUGCCUCCAUGGACCAGAUUACUGCAGAGCCAACUGUUAGAGGCAAAUGUCAACUCAGCACUUUAAGCUUAGUCUCCAGUUAUAAAUGUUUAUAUUCCCCAAAUUUAUCAGAUAAUUAUUAACUUCUUAUCUCAAGAAAACAAGUCACUCACGAUUAAAAUGUAGCUGCAAGCUGAAAACCUACAGUGGAUGUAGCAUAGACAUGUUCAAUUGUUAUUACUGAGACCUUAAUCACUGACUUAAAUUAUAAAUGCCACCCACUGCCAAUUAAAAUACUGUAAUUCAGAUGUCUGUAAAUUUCUAGACUGUUGUUUGCAGAACUACUCUGAUUGUUUUGUCAAGGCAGUCUUUGUGAGGCUUUUAUUCCAACUUCCGAAGAGACUGUGACAGCCUUGACUAUCAUGGUUUUGCAUUUUAAAUCCUUAUGAAAGAUUACUUCCCUCUCUCCUCUGCCAAUGCUUCUAUUUCUGAUUGGUGUGUCAUCAUCUCUUAGGAGAAAAGUAAUUCUUUUGAGCAGGCCAGUCCUUCGUAUGCAAAUUCAAAAGGACAAGGCAUGUAGUAUUCUUAUAUUGAACUAUGGCAGGGAAAUAUUGCUGAAAAGCCCUUAUGAUAUAGUCUCACAGGAAUCUACUUUAAUGAACAAAAUUAAAAAUCUAUGCACCUAACUUUGAAAAACUCAAAGCACAACAACCUUAGUUCUUGAGAGUAGUGGCUGGCUGGCUCACAGAAGGAAAGGACUGUGUAUAAACAUAAAAUUUCUUCCUAGUUCUUGGGAGGAGGCGCCACCUGAAGGUUUUAUGUAACUACCCUAUUAUUCAACAACUGCCUUCCUAUGAGCUUUUCUUAGUUUCUCUACCACCAAAGCUAGGUAAAAAGCCCUUUAUUAAACCCAGAACAAGAGGGCAGGAAUGGUAACAAAGACAAAUAGUUACUUCUUAAAUUUCCUAGACUCUGUCUCCUGGUGCCAUCAACAGAGCCCUACCCCUCUCAACAGAUGGCAGACAGUUAUAAAAAGUGCCUGUCUUUAGACUGGUGGCUGCAAACUAGAAUAACCCAGGAGCUGAAAACACAAUCCACAUUUGGUCUGAAGUCAUUUCCUUCUCUUCAGGAAAGCAUCCUUCUGGGUGACUCUAGCGUACAAGCCACAUUUAGAAUCACCAUUCAGACAGUUAGUUCUUUAUGAGACAUGUGAAAGUCCCAGGCAGCCAAUGAUACAAGACCCCCCCCCCCCGAGACAACGGCACCUCUACUUUGACUCAGAGAUGGGGGGACGGCAGGAAUCUUACGUAGUAAUUUCAUUUAAGUGUAUAUUUCAGACAGGGUCCUAUGUAGCCUAGGCUGGCUUCCAACUUGCUACAUAGCUCAACCUUCUGAUCUGUUUGUCUUCACCUUGAGCAUGCUGGGAUUACAGGCAUAUACAACCACGGUCACUUUUAUGCAGUGCUGGGGUUCAAACUCAGGGCUUUCUGUGUGCUAGGCAAGCCCUUUACUGAACAAGGUACAUAGCCAACCCCUAAUUAUACUUUUCCAUUUUGUUAAAGACAGGGUUUAUUUAAGUAGCCCUGGCUGGCCUGGAACUCAGACACCCAUCUGCCUUAAGAGUGAGUUCUGGGAUUAAAAGUAUAUAGCGUCGGGCUGGAGAGAUGGCUCAGUGGUUAAGAGCACUGACUCUUCUUCCAGAGGUCAUGAGUUCAAAUCCCAGCAACCACAUGGUGGCUCACAACCAUCUGUAAUGAGAUCUGAUGUCCUCUUCUGGUGUGUCUGAAGACAGCUACAGUGUACUUAUAUUUAAUAAAUAAAUAAAUGUUUAAAAAAAAAAGUAUAUAACGUCAUGCCUGACUUGAUUAUACCUUUUUGAUUAACAUUUCUACAAGCAACAAAUUUAAUGACUAAAUCACACAUGUCUAUUUUAAUAAGUUAUGAAUUAUUAUCCUAUAUUAAUACAUGGAUAGUAUGAGCUACACAUAAAUUUUUUAAAAUUAAAAUAGAUGAAAUAAAAUUAUUAUUCUAGGAAAUGAGGAACUGAAUUCAGAGAUCUGGGGCUUGUUGGAUGCCAGCCGGUCUAGCUGGAUCACUGAGCUGCAGGUUCAGCCUAGAAACCCUGCUCACAGAACAUAAAGAGUAACCGACAGUCAGUGUUGAGGCUCUGGCAUUCAAACAUACACACAUACAAGAACACUCACAAAUAUAAUCUUUCUCCACCAGAAAACAAACAAUAAACAAACAACCCAUUCUUUGCUUUCAAAAAUAUAGUGAUCUGGAAAGAAAAAAAAGUGAUCUGUCUUCACGUUCAGGACACUUCAUUUUCGACAGUCUUGCAAACUCACAAAGUUUAUACUAACAAGGCUAACAGAAUAAGGAACAAAAUCUACAAGUUAAGGCCAGUUAUUUUCAGUCAAAGCCAUUAACUCCGUGUCUGCAGUGGCAGUGGCAGGGGCUGGGCAGGGACUACUGGCUACAUCUCCAAUGAUUGUCAGCUGCAGUCCAGUUGCCCUUCUGGCAAUAGAAAAAUGGUAGCGGGAGGAAAGGGUUGUUUUUUCUUUUUUCCUUUCCUACCAGCAGAACCCUUCCCUCUCAUGACCACAGCCUUCCACUUCGUACUGAUAAAAUAUCCGAAAGCCAAUUCUCUACUUCUUCCUUUUUGUUUUAAGAACCUGGAGUUGUUUCAAUUCUGUAAAAAGACAACCAAGUGACUCAUCAAUCAGGUGGAGAAUGGCAGCCAUCCUUAAGGUGGGACUAAUGGCUUCUAUUUUGAAAAGAGCCACGUUCUUGUCAGAUCUGAUUACUUUAUCAGUUUCUAUUCAAGAGGGUGACUCAUAAAUCAUUGUUGAGCAGGAGUGUCAGUUUUUCCACUUUUCUUUUCUUUUUUUUUUUUUAAAGAUUUAUUUUAUUAUAUAUAAGUACACUGUAGCUGUCUUCAGACACACCAGAAGAGGGCAUCGGAUCUCUUUACAGAUGGUUGUGAGCCACCAUGUGGUUGCUGGGAAUUGAACUCAUGACCUCUGGAAGAACAGUCGGGUGUUCUUAACCACUGAGCCAUCUCUCCAGCCCCCUUUUUCCACUUUUCUAUUCACAUAUAUUUACUACCUAAUAGGCUCUAAGGCCUGAAUUUAGUAGCAAGCUCGAGAAGCUGAUACUGCAAGGCCUGGGGUGUUCUCUGCUAGAACCACCUUGUUUACCAUGGCAAUGCCCUUGUAGCUGCCUCCCCCAGAAGUACGACUAUGUAUUUUGUAUGUAUGUAAUUGUAUUCUUUCUUUCUUUCUUUUUUUUUUUAAAGAUUUAUUUAUUUAUUUAAUGUAUAUGAGUACACUGUCACUGCUUCAGACACACCAGAAGAGGGCAUCGGAUCCCAUUACAGAUGGUUGUGAGCCACCAUGUGGUUGCUGGGAAUUGAACUCAGGACCUCUGGAAGAGCAGUCAGUGCUCUUAACCACUGAGCCAUCUCUCCAGCCCGUAUUCUUUCUUUUUUAACACCUCAACUAUUAAAAUGAAUCACUGAGUCACAUGACACACUACUAUGCAAACCUCUGAAAUUAUUUCAAUAUUAUAUUAAUUUAAAUUUUAUUAAAAGUCUUACUAUGUGAUCUCUAAAUUAUUUAUUUUAAACCAUGUUGACUUCUCAAUAUCUUAAAAAUUAAUUUUCUUGGAUGAAUAAGCAAGGUUCUAUACAAUAAAUUGGCAAUUUUUAUAACUGCUAUCAUAAACUAAAAUGUCACUUAAUGUGAAGAAAUUGUUAAAGCAGGUGUCUUACAGCUUAAUAUCGUCAUAAAGAAUAUAAUGAGUUUGUACUAACUUUAGUAGUAAAAAGGCCACAAUAUGAAGGCAUUUGAAGCAUAAGGCUCUACGGGCCAGGCUGAGUGCUAAUGUCACUUAGAAACCCACCUAGGCAGAGGUCUGAGCUGCUCUACUACUACCAGAGCUCUGGCUAGCUUCAAUCCUCCUAGAGGGGAUUUGCCUUUCAUCUUAGGGCUAAUGGUCUACAGCAGCACAGGGGGCAUUUGCAAUGGAAUUCAGGGGGACAUGGUGGUUAAUACUACAGAAAUCUCUGCUCCACACUUCAAAGGAACUGCUCACCGCGUCCCAACUUGGGAUCUAAGGAAGGCACAAGCAGAGAACAGGAAGAGGUGGCAGCUUAGGAAGGUGGUCACCAGGGGACUUUCUCAGUCACAGGCAAACAUCUGCUACUCAGAAGAUAUCUCAGACAUGGCUAGCCAGACAGACACUUCCCUAGCUCUUCCCCUUCUUAACCCCCAAAAGAGAACUGGACUGCCUAAUAGUUUCUCAGACAAUACAUCUUCGCUGCCACAAUGCCAGCAAGCCUAGGGAUUUGUGAGGAGGAAAAUUUGGGUAAAUACAUAUUAGAUCCUAUCCAUCUAGAAUUAAUAACUUAGAACACUUAACCAAUCCUCAAUUCUCAAUUUCAUUUUCAGUGUUUUUCUGUCUUAAACAGGAGAGCUAUUAUUGUAUAAUUAAUAUAUCUUGUCUUACUAUUAUAAAUUUUAGAAAUGUGAUUUCUAGGCCCAAAGGGAAAUACCUUCACACACUUACACACUUAUACACACUUACACACACACGCACACACUCACACGCACGCACACACCUACCCCCAGAAAGCACUUAUCUCUUUGUAACCUACGGGAAAAAUGAGCUGUCUUGCCUAUACUGUGAUAAGAAUCUACCAGAGUAAAAACUGUACCUAUACACCUAUAUACCUGGUCCCAAAGAGGAGGACAAAGGCCAACUGUGGAACCACAGGAAGAGCAUGUUGGUGACAAAAAGGAGCAAAUCCAACACAAUCCUGUCAUGUUAUUUUCCUGUCUCUUAUAGCCCCAGAAAGCUGCAUGUAGAGUCCUGUAUACAGUGUUUUGAACAUGUAUAGACAGUACAUACUGUCUUGGAUUCUUAAAACUAUAGCGCUUAAGCACAUUCUAUGGUUUUAGCACCAAAUCACCGACUUGUACACUUUCAGAAUUUAUUUCAUUCUAGCACCACACAUGACAAUGUUCUGAGCUAAGAAUGGAAACAAACAGAAAAGAAGAAAAGAGGACAAGGACACUGCCCUCUAUCUACUUGUCUCAGACAACAGAGAAACAAUUACCUGAUGCUGCUGACUCCACUUAGCCUCCUGGACCUCUCCUCUUCUUUAGCUUACUUUCCCCUAAAGCAUAACUAGGGGCUACACAGGGCCUCCUGCCUCCUUUAAUCCAGUCAGGGUGGUAACUAUUGACACGUGAAUGGAUUUGAGUCUUCUGCCCACUGAAGACACUUGUUUUACCUUUGAGACAUCUGCCAUCUCAUACAAAAUAAAGACAAGGAACCCAGACACCAUUUUAUGGGCACUCAAGUCUGGGUGCUUAAGGCCCACUUAUAGAGGUUUUAUCUUUUAUUUUUUCUAAACCUAGACCAAAAGAAAAUUAGGCAAUAGUAUAGAAUACAAGAUACUAUCCACUGACUGUUAUUUAGAUUUCCUUUUCUCUUUAGGAACUCAUCACAUUUCGUUAGGCUCCUUCAGCUCUGUUACUGUUCCACAGUAAGAUACACAGAAGUUUAAACAUUUGACUCUUCUCUCAGUUGGAGACUUUAUUGCUGAGAUAAAGCAUAAAACACCAUGACCCUAAGCAACUCGGGGAGGAAAGGGUUUAUUCCAUUUUACAACUUGCAGUGCAUCAUCCAAGGCACUCGGGACAGGCACUCAGGCAGAGACUCAUGAGGAGGCUCACUCACUUACUGGCUUGCUCCCCAUGGCUCGCUCAGCUUGCCUUCUUAACAGCAUUCAGGUCGUCCUGCACAGGAUCAGCACUGACACUGACAUAGUCCCACACUAUCAGUCAAGAAAAUGCACCACACACUUGCCCACAGGCCAGCCUAGUGGGGCAUUUUUCCAAAUGAAGCUCAGAAAUAUUCAACCCAGAGUGCUUGGGUUGAAUAUCUGGACCGAUCAAUUUUACUCACAUGGGUAACAGUAGUUACACUUCAAAAGGAAGGAAUGAAGAUGACAAGCCAUUUUAAUGAAGAACUCACAGAAGUAACUGUGACAUAUAUGUGCUUACAUACAUAAGAGGACAAUAUACAUCUCGCUAACGCAUUGUUCUGUACAUUGACAUAACAGAAAGGUUUAAGACCAGGCAGUCCUUCCUCACUUGGCACAGUACUGGAGGACCAUAAAGAUGCCCGUGACACCUCAAGUGAAGCAGCACACUCUUGAUAAUUCAUGAGGACAACCACCACUGUUCCAGAUCCUUAAGAUUUUCAAAUAAUUUAAAAAAACGAACACAUAGCUGUACAUAUUUAUAUAUGACCUUUGAAAGUUUGUUGGCAUAUUAAAUAAAACUGGUAUGGUAAACCAUAGAGAUACAGAAAACAAAAAAAAAUCGGUAAAUUCAUAAUUAUGAAGUAUUUUGUGAUUAGAAACAUGAGAACUAAAAUGCUAUUAGCACUCUGUAAAAUCUGAUCAAGAGUAAUUUGCACAGUGGCUCUCUUGUCCCACAUAGCUCCUGAUAUAGAGCAAACACUUUUCUAUGCUUUGUGUGGGUCAUAGCAAGCUGCAAGUGAUGUUGAAAGGAGCAGGAUGCUGGUGAAAGACAUGCAGAAGACUCACAUUGUACUGAUGGUUAGCGACAGGCUUGUAAUUGGUGGUUACAACUUUGUCCAGCUGUUGUGAGAGCCUUACAGGUUUGGAAGAUUCUUCUAUUUGCAAUCUGAAAAACAGAAGGCAUUGUUAAUACACUGCUCAGCAGAGUAGGUCCUGUGGUUAUACCAAUUACAAAUCAUAUAUAAGCAAGUAAGCUCAGAACACCACAGUAGCGUUACCAAAUCACUUAGGAACACUUAAAACAACAACAACAACAACAACAACAACAACAACAACAACAACAACAACAACAACAACAGGACUACAAGGCAAAAAAUAGUCCCAUAAACUAAAUGUAUGCUAUAGUUGUGAAACUAUGCUGCUUGGGUAAACCAAACUCUGCAAGCAAAACAAAUUGUCUUAAAUUACUAUUGUCUAGAAUUCAUCAAUCCAAGGCUUCUACUGUCCUGAGAAGAAAUAAAGAUGUGUAAAAAGCCCAUAUUAACAGGCAGUGUACAGUGACUAGUAGCUAUCUGAUCAGACAUUGAUGCUUGAAACAUUCUUGUCACCACAGAAACCUCUACUGAACAGCACUGGUCUACAACACUGCAGAACUCUGAAUUAAACAGAACUCAAAAUACUGCCUCCAGAAAAAAAAAUAAACAAAAUAAACACACGAGCACACAUAUAACAUGAAGACACUACUCCACGAGUGCCUAUAACUUUAAGCAGUGAUUUAUUAUGUCCUAAUUUGUAUACUAAAGUUGUUCCUUAAAAAUUAAUGCGUUUGGUUUAUGAGCAAAGUAAAUCCAAAAAUCUGCUUCGAGAGGGAAAAAGAACAGCUCUCAAAAGUGACUAUUUUUACAGACACAAAAGGUAUCAUUGAACCUUUAGACUUUUCAUCAGCAGGGUAUCAGAAUAGAGAACGUAACAUACUUAAGGAAAGUGCCUACCAUAUCUGCCUAACAUAUAAUUGAAGAUUAAGCAUGAAAUAAAAGUAUUUUUGGAAAAAGAAAUGGGCUUAUCACUUAUGAAUCUCAUUGAGAGGUGCACUCAAGAAUGUAACGCAGUAAGGCCUCUAAGGAAUUAAUGGAUGCAGUGGAUACAGCCCAGAAACCAAAACACCAGGUUAGAAACAGCAUAUGCACUGUAGUUUUUAAAAAGGUUUAUUUUCCUUUUGCUUUUGAGGCAGGGUCUUUCCUUCCUUCCUUCCUUCCUUCCUUCCUUCCUUCCUUCCUUCCUUCCUUCCUUCCUUCUUUCUUUCUUUCUUUCUUUCUUUCUUUCUUUCUUUCUUUCUUUCUUUCUUUCUUUUUUUUCCAGGAGCUGGGGACCGAACCCAGGG